AUAUUAAAAGUUACUGGGUUGCCAGGUGUUGAGAGUGUAGUUGAGUAGUGUAAAGAGUUUUGGCGCGUUAGAUUUGUUCUUCGGUAAGUCAGAGACUAACCACACGGGGGCGCUGAAGAGAAAAGAUGCAGCGAGCACAACAGAGAACAAGAGCAAGCGAAGUGUACAUCCAGUUUAAUAAAACAUCCUACUUUACUUCCCCUUGUUCUGACUUUCCUCUUUUUUUAACGUCUCAUGAUUUUAUUAUUUCUUCAAUAGUCCCAGGCAAAUUCUUAAAAUGUAUAAAGCUUUGCUUUAAUGUUUGAUAACCUCUAGUAAAACGAUAAAACAUCUCUGGGAAGUAUUUUAUAGUGCGCAAGGGAGUAAGGGGUUAAAGUAGACGGAUAGUAGUUGAUUUGAAACGCGUUCCUUUCACAACAGGAGCACCGCCUCCCACACAAAACUAGAGCUGUUGAUGCAGCGUUCAGUGUCUGAGUAGUACAGUGGGUUUAAAAUAAAUAAAAACAUCUAUAUAAUUAUUAUUUUAAUGAUGAGAACCGAGGCUCCGCUGUGGCAGCGCGUGCAGGCGUUUACCGGCCCCGUUCCUCGAGCAAGACACGGGCACCGAGCGGCCGCCAUACGGGAGCUGAUAGUGGUAUUUGGUGGUGGAAAUGAAGGAAUCGCGGAGGAGUUGCAUGUUUAUAACACAGUUUCCAGACAGUGGUUUCUUCCCGCAGUGAGAGGGGACAUCCCCCCUGGCUGUGCCGCACACGGUUUUGUGUGUGAAGGCACACGCAUCCUGGUGUUUGGAGGAAUGGUGGAGUUUGGACAGUACAGCAACAGUCUCUACGAGCUGCAGGCCAGUCGCUGGCUGUGGAAGAAACUGAAGCCGCGGCCACCGAAGAACGCUUUACCUCCGUGCCCUCGUCUGGGACACAGCUUCACUCUCCACGGCAACAAGUGCUACCUGUUUGGAGGGCUGGCCAAUGACAGUGAAGACCCAAAUGGCAACGUGCCACGAUAUUUGGAUGAUUUCUACGAGCUGGAGCUACAGACGCAGUCAGGAGUCAAAGGCUGGAUCAUCCCUGAAACAAAAGGAGGAGGUCCAUCGCCCAGGGAGUCUCACACAUGCGUGGCGUUCGGCGGAAAAAGUGGCAGCUGCCCAAAGCUUUUCAUUUUCGGGGGCAUGUGCGGGAAUAGACUAUCAGAUCUGUGGCAAUUGGAUGUUGACACUAUGACCUGGUCGUUACCUAAAACUGCAGGACCCUGUCCUUCACCGAGAAGUCAACACUCUUCAAAUGUGAUUGGAAACCAGAUGUACGUGUUUGGUGGUUGGGUUCCUGCAGAGGAGAAGAACGCUGUAGGAGCAGAAUGGACCUGUACUAACUCUAUGUCAGUGCUAAACCUUGACACAAUGACGUGGCGUGGUCUGAACCCUGAGAGCCAACAACAGCGGCAGUCAGGCACAGUCAUGGAGGAGGAAGAGAAAGAGGAGGGUCAUAUCUGCUGGCCAAAAGCUCGCACUGGUCACUGCGCUGUAGCCAUCGGCACGCGCCUGUACAUCUGGAGUGGACGGGACGGCUAUAGGAAAAGCCGGAACUACCAAGUGUGCUUCAAAGACCUGUGGUAUUUGGAAACAGAGAAGCCAGCAACACCAGCUGCUGUGUUUUUGGUCAAGUCCACUAUCAGCAUGCUGCAUGUAGCCUGGCACCCUUUACCUGCAGCUGAGUGCUACCUGCUUCAGUUGCAGUACAUUGCUCCACCUCUCGCCUCCCAAACACAUGCCUCUGAUUCGCCAGACACUCUAACCCCACCCACCAGUCUGCCAGAGGGGGAGGAGCCUCUAUUGGGACCUACUCAUACACAGUCUGAACCGUGUCGCGGAAAUGGAAACCACGAGAGUUCAAAGCUACAGGAGAGGGCUGGCGGUGGUGAAGCCAGAGCAGAGAACACAGAUAAACAGAACAAAUUAGAGUUCAAUCCUGUAGCUGGCAUCAUCACGGAUGAGUCCGUAAAUAGGCAGCAGGCGGCCUCUUUGAGACCUGUGACAGAAGAAGCAAAUGAGCAGAAUGGGACUGAAUCUCAGCAGCUGCAAGAACAUGAAAAUCUACCCAACACUUCAGGACAGAGUGAAAGAGCUGAAGUCUCCACAUGGUUCAAUGUUGGUAUAUUUAAAACACUCUUCGCUGAGGUCACACACUACUAUCUACCCUCUGAGAACGGGAGCACUGACCAAAUCUCCAGUGACAGCGAGAUGCCAGGACCUCACAGUUUUGAAGGACGGAAGAAGCAGGAGCUCGCAUCUAAUGUUACCUACCGGUUCAGAGUGGCAGGCCUAAACUGCUGUGGCCGAGGAGACUUCAGUCCCAUUGGGGAAUUUAAAACGUGCCAUCCUGGAUUCCCAGAGGCACCUCCUGCUGUCAAGAUCACCAAGGCAUCUGAUUCAGUACACAUCACAUGGGAAUCGCCCUCCAACGCAUCAGGGAAAAUUCAGGAAUAUUCCAUGUACCUGGCAGUGAAGAAGGCACGAGGGAACGCCUCGGAGAAGCCGGGAGAUCUGACCUUUAUACGCAUUUACCGCGGUGCCAAAACCUCAUGUACAGUGAACGCUGCAAAUCUGAGUAACGCAUACAUCGACUGCUCUGCUCGUCCUGCCAUCGUGUUCCGCAUCGCCGCCAAGAACGAACGUGGCUACGGGCCCGCCACUCAGAUCCGUUGGCUACAAGAGAGCAAUAAAAUCAAAUCAGCAUUAAAACCAGACUCCAGCCCUACCGAUCGUGAACCAGACGACAUUAUUAGCUCAUGAUGGCUGCAGAGGAACCGUUCUCACUCUCAGAUCAGCUCUGAUACUGGGCUGAUAUUCACAGGACCCAUCCAGUGUUUUAUUAUGUUAUUACUAACGUUCUGUUCAGUCUCAGCUACAGAUAACCUUUAUGUACACAAGUGCAUUUGCACUUGCUGUAAAUGUAUGUUUUCUAACUUAUUUUUUAUACUGUUGAUUGUUGUACAUAAACAUUUCUAAGAUGUUAUUUUUUCAUAUUAGUGUUUUAGCUAGGAUUAGUGUUUGUUUCCAAAUCUGCCUUUUUACUGGUGUAGGCAGAUACUAAUUUUUUUUAUAUUUUUCAUUUGAAACAUUCCCUUCGAUAAUUUCCUGAAAAAACAAAGUCUGCAAAGAAAUACCAUUUAAACUGGUAUCAUGUCAUAAUGCCAUAAUGUUGGCAUAUAUCAGUGUUUGGCCAGUUUUGUGUUAAUAAUGGUUCAAGAAAAUUCAUUUUAUAUUCUGUAAAAGAACUUACUGCUCAGUCUCAAGGGCUAGAUGGUUUAAUUUGCAGUGUUCCCCCAAAACCCCUGCACUUGAAAGUAUAUGCAGAAGCAGUUGGUUCAUUUUCUAUAAUCGUUUUCUUACACAACCUCUACAUAAACUGAUUAAAGACAUUGUUUACAUGAAGUUUUCUUUUACGAGAUCUUUAACAGUUAUGUCUCCAGUGUCAGUGUUUAUUAUAGUCAGUGAUAAAGCUGUACUUAAAUUUUGAAAAGUCUUCAGGACAGACAGCUAGGUGCAUUUUUCAUCUUACUAACUUCAAAACCAAACAAAAAGAGGAAAAAACAACACUGGUUAUAACCUUUAACAAGUGACAACAGGAACUAACUUUUCAUAUGUUCUACAAUAUUAAAUGUGACUAUAAGUCAAUAAAAGUUAUAGCAUGUCAUUCUUUCUAGGAAACCAUCAAUGUUAGAAUGGUAACAGUAUACCUUGUCUUGUUUUUUUUUUCUCCUUAGGAUUUCUGUCAAAGGUAGACUUUUGGUUCAAAUUUAGCACUGCAA